AUGCCUGCCAAACGCUUCCAUCGGAAGUCCCGCAAUGGCUAUCUUGAGUCCAGGCGUCGCCGCGUCAAGUGCGAUGAGACACGCCCUGCUUGCUUCAGCUGUGUGCGGGCUCAGUGCCCCUGCCUCUACCAAGAACAAAUCCAUAUACCUGUAUCCCCACAACCACAACCUCAACCACAGCCACAGCCACAGCCACAGCCACGACCACGACCACCAACAACAACAACAACCAAUGAUGUCUCCCCACCCCUAUUCGACUCACUCGAUCUGGUGCUAAUGAGCCAUUCUACCGCCAUAACGGCCCUCUCCCUAUUUGACGGCCCCAGUAACCUGCAUGUCUGGCAAAGACACAUCCCCUUCGAAGCCGGGUCCAACCCUAUGCUGAUGCACGGCCUGCUCGCCGUGGCGGCUCUCCACCUUGCAAUCACCACCACAAGCCCACCUCAUACACCGACCAGCAAUGACACCUACCACGUGCGCGCGCUGCACCACCACAGUCUCGGCCUGCAACUUUUCAACACCCAGCUUGCAAGCUUGUCUCCCGGCCACGAUGGCCCUUUCACCUUUGCCAUGCUGCUUAUCGUCUGGGCCUUCGCUGCCCCGAUCGCUGCUAACGAUGCACUCACGUUAGACGAGAUCAUUGACUCGCUCGGUCUCAUCCGUGGAUGCAAGGCCCUCUUCCUACUGCACCAGGAGACUAUUCUCGAUCGUCCCGUGGGGCAAAUCGUGGGGAUCUGUCCAAAGCAGACGCACCCUGCCGCCUGUUCCCCUGAACCCUCAAUUUGGUCUGACAUCCACGAGCUUUUCGAUGACCUGCAUACGAUAGCUCUCGACGACCUGGUCUACCACGACGCCAUCUCACACCUUCAGACGGUAGUCUGCAAGGCCUAUAAUCCAGUGACGGGACCGCAGAAUACGCGUCUCGUUGCUGCGUGGCCCGCGAACGUCUCUGAGGAGUACUGGGCGCGGCUGCGACGCCACGAGCCCGUGGCACUCCGGGUGUUCAUUCACUAUGCUCCGCUGCUGCGAUACUAUGAGGAGGACCACUGGUAG